AUGAUGGGAUCAGCCAAGGAAUGGAGCGCAUCGCCACGAGAGAACGUUAAGGCAAUAACUCCAGGCAGCAAACGCGCGCUUCUCGAUCUGAAGGAGAAAAUCGCAAAGGACCAACAAGACGUCCAACAUCUGCGACAGAUAAUCGCAGCAGCAGAAUACAACUUGCGGAGACAGCAACGUCUUGCGAGUGCGAAGGACUGA